AUCAGCUUCAGGUGUUUGGCUGACUGCAGGGGUGAGUCUCUGAUUGCUGAGAGCACCCGCUGGCCAGCCCUGGUACUGCAGCCCACAAGGCAGGUGAGUCCCACCAUUAUUGGCAAGUCCAUUCCUGACAGUACCCCCCUCAAGGAGCGGCCUCAGGACGCUCCAAACAGUCCUAGCUGGGCAAAAUGUUCCACCGCCCGGGUCCGGUAACGGCCGGUGCGCCGGACAGAGGCACAUCGGGCUGGACGCCGGACAGAGGCACAUCGGGCUGGACGCCGGACAGAGGCACAUCGGGCUGGACGCCGGACAGAGGCACAUCGGGCUGGACGCCGGACAGAGGCACAUCGGGCUGGACGCCGGACAGAGGCACAUCGGGCUGGACGCCGGAUUACCAGGCGGAGCGGCAGGCACCGGGCCCCCAGGCGGGGCGGUGGGCACCGAGUCAUCUGGCAAGACCGCGGGCACCGAGUCAUCUGGCAAGACCGCGGGCACCGAGU